GGUACCGCUCGCCGGUGACCCUGGUGCGGAAGGGCUGCUGGACAGGCCCGUCCAGCGGCGAGAUGCAGUCCAACGAGGAGGCGCUGCCGCCCGACUACUCGCUGGUGCGCGGCUGCUCGCGCGACUUGUGCAACACCGACCUCAUGACCGGCAAUUUCUCCAUCCCCGUGUACAUCAGAACCUGCCACCGGCCCUCCUGCACCACCAUGGGCACCACCAGCCCCUGGACAGCCAUUGACCUCCAGGGCUCCUGCUGUGAGGGGCAGUUCUGCAACGGAGACUCUGUGACCCAGGACUUCACCACUGCUUCGGCCACCACCCCUCCCCGGGCACCCCAGGUCGUGACCCUACUCCUGGCAGUUCUCCUGCUAGUCUGGCUCUCAGCAUAGGUAGCCCCCAGGAGGCUAGGGGCAGGGC